AUGACCUCAUGUCAAAACAUUGAGCCUGGCACUCCCUGCGUUGUUGACGAAUACAACUCCAUUCCCUAUGAGCUGCUUUUUAAAAAAAAUAUUUAUCUCUUGUUAUAUUCUUGUUUUUCUUUUUUAUGCAUCAAUUCCAGUGUUGUUAUAACAAAUGGUGAACUUUACUAUCUAACAACAAUCCUUUUUAAUUGUGAUAUAGCUACUGGUAAUGCCUGCUCAAACAAUCCCUGUCUGAAUGGUGGAGCCUGCAGUUUGAGUGGAUCAAGUUUCGCUUGUCAAUGUCCAACUGGUUUUUCUGGUACAAUUUGUCAAACGACGACAACUCAGCCAUGCCAACCUAACCCAUGUCAAAACAAUGGUGUAUGUACAGUCAAUGGAAAUACCUAUUUCUGUAAUUGUCCAAGCGGUUUUUCAGGCAUUAAUUGUCAAACAACAGCUCAGCCAUGCCAACCUAACCCAUGUCAAAAUAAUGGUGUAUGUACAGUCAAUGGAAAUACCUAUUUCUGUAAUUGUCCAAGCGGUUUUUCAGGCAUUAAUUGUCAAACAGCUCAGCCAUGCCAACCUAACCCAUGUCAAAAUAAUGGUGUAUGUACAGUCAAUGGAAAUACCUAUUUCUGUAAUUGUCCAAGCGGUUUUUCAGGCAUUAAUUGUCAAACAGCUCAGCCAUGCCAACCUAACCCAUGUCAAAAUAAUGGUGUAUGUACAGUCAAUGGAAAUACCUAUUUCUGUAAUUGUCCAAGUGGUUUUUCAGGCAUUAAUUGUCAAACAGCAGCUCAGCCAUGCCAACCUAACCCAUGUCAAAACAAUGGUGUAUGUACAGUCAAUGGAAAUACCUAUUUCUGUACUUGUCAAAGUGGUUUUUCAGGCAUUAAUUGUCAAACAACAGAUAGCAAUUGUGAUCCCAUUUGUCAGAAUGGAGGUGUCUGUAAUAUGGUAUCAAACACAUAUGUUUGCACAUGUCCCCCUAGUUACUCUGGUGCAGACUGCACUGUUGUAGAAGUAUUGGACACUCCAUGUGCAAGCAAUCCGUGCCCAGCAGGUCAGGAGUGUUUCUAUACCGCCACAGAGUACCGCUGUAUGUCUGGAAGAAGACGACGUAAUGUAAAUGGUACUUGUGCAUGUGUAAACAAUGGAAGGUGUAUGAAUGAUGGUGAUGAUAAUUGGAAGUGUCUUUGCCCUCUUGGAUUCAGUGGAGUUCUCUGUGAAGACAAUAUAUGUGCACCCAACCCAUGUGCUAAUGCUGGAACCUGCAUGCCAAUUUCUAGCGGUGGUAUAGACGGAUAUAUGUGUCAUUGUAAGGCUGGCUAUGGUGGAGCCAACUGCAUGAUAGCUUCUUCUACUUCAACCGAUAAUGAAUCGGCUUUGUACAAUGAUAGAAUGACAGACGAGGAAUACUUCAUGCAUCAAUAUGUGGGCAUCGCCAUGGGUACCCUCCUCAUCGUUAUCUUAGCGUUGGUUGUCCUGAUAUUCCGUAUCGUUCCACGUAGAAUCCAUAACACAGAUUUGGAAUUGCGCAAAGAUGAAGUUGCUCUAAUUCAUUAACAAUUUGUUUCCUAAAUAAAAAAAAAGAAACAACUAUGCAAAUAUGUUUCCUGACAUGAAACAGUUUUGUUGUCCCCCCUCUUGUUUGUGUACAUAUGGGGCUGUCAGAGUAGUACAAAUCUACCAAAUAGGAAAUCAGCUGCUAUAUCUAAAUUGUAUUAUUUAAUACAUGUAGUUUUUAGACUAGAUUUGUUCUGUAAUCUAUCUGAGUGUAUUAUAUACAAAUAGAAAACCAAAACUGCAUAUAUUUUAAAUAUAACAGAUUAAUAACAAGUGUGUUCUCACAGCAUAUUAAGUAGGGAUUUUACUAAGUAAUCUUAAAUAUGACAUUCUCUGAUGUUACUUAAAAAAUAUCAAAGGAAUUUUCAUUUUCAACUGAAUGUAUUUACGUUUUUGAUGAUCUGUAAUAUUUUAAGUAUAUAUUUUUUUACAUUACUGGGUGAAAAGUAAUAUUAUUUAACAUGAUAUUUAAUACUGUAUAAUUGAGUCAGUAUAUAGUAUACAAAUUUUGACUACUCUAGAUUUGAGAAAUGGUGAAAUCUGUUUCUCCGAGGUGGCUAUAGAUUUCACAGUUUCCCAAAUCUAGAGCAGUCAAUAUUUGUUUUAUAUACCUCAUACAUAGAUACAAGACCUAAAAAAGUAAUGAAAGGAGUACCGACCAACGAGGACUAGACUUACUUCCUAGGGCUAGGCAAUCGUCCCCUUUACCAUCGUGCACGUGUCAUAAAUUACAUAGCAACCUUAUAGGUGCAGACCUAGAAAUUUUACAUAUACAAAAAGUACUAUCAUUUUAGGUGAGUACUUUUUUUCCAGGAAAAAAUGAACUAUCACUCAAAUAUACACCAAUGGAGUGAUGGUUAAAGUUAUUGUCCACUUCUUAACCUGAGCAGAUGCCUAGAAUCUAUGUAUGAGUUAUAUAAUAGCAGAUAGCUAUAGGCCCUAAUUCUUGAUAGAAAUCACUUUUUGCUUUUGAAGUUCUUUCCACUCUAACAAGACUCCUAUGGCAAAUAUGUUUGAUUUGCUUAUAUUUGGGCAUGUUGAUGUCACAGUACACCCAUAUAUGGGCAUUAUGAGGUCAUAUUGCUCCCAUUAAUUGGCAAACCAAAGGUGUUUGGUACAUAAGAUUUGAGAAGGUGGACAGAGCAUUUAAUGCAGAAGUGUUGUAGAAGUUGUUAUAAGCUGUAUAAAGAUUUGUUAAUGUUACACCAUUUUUUUUACUUUAAUAAACUUAUUUACUGGUCAAUAAAAACACAUGUUACAUAUACAUGA